UCUAUCUGGCGGAGUCAGGUAAACGUUGUAGGCCUAUCGUUAAGUAAAUUGGAAAGCAAUUAAGUAACUAAGCUGAAGGGAAAUGAAGAGGAGUUAUCCAUCUGGUAGCGAGAAGAAGAAGAAGAAAAAAGAAGAAGAAGCAAAAAGAAAGAAAGACAGUGGAUCAUUGCUUAAAUUUAUAACAAAACAGACAGAUAAAGUGCCCCUACCAAAUGCUGAUGAUGAAAACCUUCCAGCAACAUCCACCUCCAGUGGGAUAGUGGCCACUCAACCUGUUGGUUGUCAUGAAGAGCAAGAAGAGACACCAGAGGCACAUCGAGCACCCAUUCCAAGUUAUGAUACUGAUGACUUUCCAGCAACAUCCACCUACAGUGGGAUAGUGGCCACUCACCCUGUUGGUUGUCAUGAUGAGCAGGAAGAGACACCAGAGGCACAUCGAGCACCCAUUCCAAGUUAUGACACUGAUAACUUUCCAGCAACGUCCACCACCAACAGGACAGGAAUUCGUACCCCUAAUCAUGACACGUCAGCUGCUACUACAACAGAUGUCCGGCCCCGCUGCAGCUUUGUCCCGCGGCACCGGGACUCUUCCACGGCCCGCCGCUGCGGUCCAGCGUGGGACUGCGUGGACGUCCAGCUAAAACCCUGCAUGUUCCCAGGAGCAGGAAGCGCUCUCUGA